AACAGCUACAAUGUUUGCAUCCACUCCUAAACUUAAAACAUAUUCGUCAUUACUCUAAAAUUCUAUCUAACAUAAACCCAUUCAAUAACCAAUUUUCGCAGAAUUGACUCCCUCUACACCAUAGAAGUUUAAUAUGUUGAAGAAUGUCAAAGUACUCAAUGUCCCAUCUCAACCAACUGAAAAUAGUUUUAGAUCCAGCAAUGCUAAAAGAAUAUUAACAUAAGAUAGUCCAUAAAUAAAUAAGGAGAAUUCUAAUUUUAGACUUGAUUAAUCCUCAAGCUAAAUUGAAAUUUAACUUAAGCAUUACAUGUAAGAGAACAAAAAACUCUCUGAUUUGGUUUCCAAAUUGACAAAAGAAAAACAAGAAUUACUUGAUUAAAUUAAUAAUACAGAUUUUAAUGUUAUCAAAUAGAGAGUAGAAAGAUUAGAAUCUAUCAUUGAUCAUUAAACAGAUGAAAUUGAGGAUUGGAAAAAUAAAUAUAAAGAUGUAUGUUAAACUGAUUAAACCACAUCUAUCAUCCAAAAUAUGGUAUCUCAAUUUUAUUACAAUUAGGAAACACAAAUAGCAUCACUACUUAAGGAAAAUGAAAAGUUAAAUAAUAUUAACUUAAGCGAAGUUAAAAAAAUUGGGAGUUUAGAAUAGGUAAUCAAAGAUUUAGAAUACAAAGUGGCCGAUUAAAACAAUUAAAUUAUUGCCUAUGAAGAAGAACGAAUCAAUUACCUUGAAUAACCAAAUCAUACAAUAAAUUCAAACUUAUUAGAAUACAUAUAACUUAUCGAAAAAGUAUGAUAUAUAGAAUCAUUAAUAGAAUAUCACUGAUAUGUCUUAAUAUGAACAGGAUAAUCAAAAGAAUUAUGAAAAAUUGAGGGAAGAAUUCAACGAUCUCAAUACUAAAAUGAAUUAGAUAAAUUUUUCAAAUACUAAUGUAGAUCAAUUUACUGAUAUCUUAAACGAAUUGAGAAAUAGUAUUAACAACUAGACAAAAUGA